AUGGCGGAUGAACGCCCUGUCUCCUUCCCUCCCGGUGCGCAGCAUCCCCGAGAGACCAUGGCCCUGGGAGAGUCGCCGCCCUGUUCUUCCGCGUCGUCCUUCGGAGACGCCCCACAGACUCUCCCUUCCUUCUCCCCUCUGCCUGCUGUCCCUCCGGACCCACGCGGAGAAGGUGCGGCGCCUGCCACACUCCCCGCCGCAGCCUCCAGUCCCAACAAACUGGCGGAGAUUUUCCAGCUUCUGCAAGAAAAGUACCAUGUCGAUUCACGCAUGCUCGACUCGCUCCAAAAAGCAAUCGCCUCGUCCACCGGUGCGCCUUCUCCGUCUUCUUCAGUAACUCCGCAGCAUGAACAGCUUCAGGCAUCUGUGCCUCAGCGCGCGUCUGCGGAGGCGGCAGCCAUGGGAGCGCUCGGGACUUUGGGAGGCCUGAGCGCGAGUCAAGCGGGCCCUCGGCUCGCGUUGCCUGGAGGCACUUCGCUGCUGUCUUUCGACGUCUACGAGAGAAUCUACAGCCGCUUCUGCGUUUGGAUUUUGAGCCUCUUCGAGGACUGCCGAGAAGAACUCAUGGACGUCGCCUUCGCGGUCCUUCUCCACAUGUUCCGGAAGCUCCUAAGCAUCGAUGCCUACCAAGCUCGCCAGCUCUUGCGGCGAUUCUCCCUACUCCACGCCGGAAAGCAUGGGCCUUUGUUGAAACAAAUCGAGGACGCCGAGCCUGUGCACCCUCUUCAGUUGUCUCUGAUUCCCUACUUCGCUUCCGACGAACGCCAUCCGCUGUACAUCUCUGAGCGCGCCUACUUUGUCCUGCGCACCUGGCUCGUCGACACGCGCUGUCUGUUGCUGGAAGUGAUGAUUCAGGCGGCCAGUCGGCUGCUUCCGCCGCCUCCGCAUGCGCCUCACCUUCGCGGCGUGGUUUACCCAGGCCUGCUGGCGCCACUCUCUCAGUCGCUCUCGGCCCCCGCCCCGACCGCCCCACAGGCGCACCCGCUGUCGUCGCUCCCCGCCGGCCUGCGCAAGCGCGAAGAGACACCAGAGCCCGCGGCGCAGGAAAAGGCGGCGGCGCAGCGCGCAAGCGACUUGGCCUUCUUCGACGCUCGCCCGACCUUCACCUCGCCCCAGCUCGGCGAAACUGAGCGAGACAGAGGCGAGAAGCGCGAAGACGAGCGCCUGUCCGCAGAGGCCGACCUGCCGCCUGUGACUUGGGGCCUGCCGCGGCAGUUUUUCAGGGAAGAAACAACCGUCGUCGGACCAGGCGGCGAGAGGACCAAGCGCGUGCGGCUGCUCGGCGGGGAGAACCUUCGGGAAUCGGAUCUCGCGGAGCCCAACAGUCUGCUACCGCUUCCCGAGCCGUCAAAGGAUUCGUUUCUCCUCUACAAACGCCUUUUGAAACAGCAAACGGAAAGAAGAGCGCCCUUGUCGGCGGCUGCAGGUCAGUGGCCAUCGAUCGCGUGCAUGACAGUUUUAAACUCCUCGUGCGAAAGUUCGUGCUGCGCCGUCAGCCCGAGCACAUGCAAACUGAUCGCGGUCGGAGGAGAAGGCGAGAUCCGCCUCUGGGAUCUGCAACAGUAUCAAGUCACGAAGGCGCGGCGCGAGCGUCAGAGACGCAAAUGGCUUCUGCGCAUGCAGCAGCAGGCGCAAGAAGGCCGUCCUCUCUCUUCGUUUCCUGCCGGACCACCCGGCGCCGACGACGAAGACCGGACGUCUUCGGAGAGCGAGGAGGAAGACGCUGUGGGGGCGAAGGCCCCGAACGCAAAGAGCGAGCUCCGGCGCCGCAAAAAGGACGCAGCCGCUUCGGCGCCGCCACUCGCGUUGGAGUGGGGCGAAGACGCAGAGGGAGAAGAAGGUGUUUCGCGCCUCGUCGGCACGGACGGGCGCGUCCUCGCCCUCGCGUUUGGCGAGAUCGACGACCGCAUUCUGCUCUCAGGAGGGACCGAUGGGGUGAUUCGGCUUUGGCAGUCGUACCCCUUCUCCUCGCGGGCCUCCUCGCUCGUUGAGGACGAGGCGGGAGCGCUGGACGGCGAGGAAAAGAAGCUGAAGGCGCAGGGCGAGGCAGAAGAAGCUGGUGCAGGGCGGGAUUCGCCGGACGGCGAGAGACUCAGCGACGAGCGCCACGAGGCGGGAAACAUCUCCGGCGGCCGCUCCAACGUCGUUUCGCCUCUCUGCGUCUACCGCGGCGCCCUCGCCGCAGUCUGGUCCCUCGACGUGGGGCCCUACGGGCACUACUUCGCCUCCGGUUCGAGCGACAACUGCGCACGCUUGUGGUGCACUUCGCGUUCUUUUCCGGUUCGUCUCUUGCAGCACUCGGCCUCUGCGACGGACGUUUUCCACGUUGCCUUUCACCCGAAUUCCUCUCUGCUUCUGACGGCUGCCUCCGAUAACUCGGUGCGGCUCUUUGACCUGCGUUCGGCGCAGCUGGCGCGGGCGUGGGCGCCGCUCCUCCUCCCGUCUGUGGACGGCGAGGCGCGGAGGAGAGAGAACGAGGACGAAAGGGACGGAGACAGGGACGAGACCCGCGGGCGCGAAGACGAGCGCGAGAGGCGGGAGAGGCGCGAGAGGCGGGGCAGCGACCGAAAGCUCGAGAAGCACGACGCGCUGCUGCUGCGGAAAAAGAGGAUACACGAAGAGGUCAAGAGGCCGGAAACGAAGCAUUUGCGUCUGCUUGGGAAACGGGGCCUCGGCGCGUACGGAACCCACGACGAAGACGACAGACGAAGGCGCGAUCGACGACGCACAGGACGCGUCACAACUCUCGCCAUGUCCCCGAAUGGACGCCUGGCAGCCGUGGGAGAUUCUGCCGGAGGGAUUUGCGUCUUUGACAUUCCUUCGGGGCGUCCUCUCGCAUUCGGAUCGAUCCCGACGAUGCAGCGGCGAGAAGAAAGUUCUGCCUUUUCUUCGCUUCAUUCUCGAAUCGCCGGUCUCUCUUUCUGUCACGGCUCGUCGCUCCUCGCCUCCGCUGCUAUCGACGGCACUGUCGCUCUCUGGGAUACGAGCACGGGCGCCCUCCCAACUCCAGACGGUGACGGGACCACCCGUCAGAAGCCGGGAUUGUUUGCUGGCCAUCUCCCCUCGUUGUCUCUGGCCGAGACGUACGGGGCCGCGCACGUGGCUUUCCGCUCGUGUCUCUUCACUCCUGAAAACCUGCUUCUGUGUCUGGGAUUCUCCACGCUCUGCAGCGAAGAAGAUUUCCUGUAG